GAGCGGUGCGGAACUGAGGAGUCCAUCCACACACACACACACACCCAGAGCCGAAACCCACUCUUCGCUCAGCCGUCUCGGAGCAGAGGCUCUCCCUUCACCUUCGUCUUCCUCCCUCUCGGCAGUUCGACCUUUGCAUGGCAGCAGUGGCUAGCUCCAAGGGGCGGGUGAUCGCUGGGAGCCUCGUGGCGCGCGUCCUCGCCGGCAAGGCCAACGCCUCCCCGAGGAGGGCGGUGCACGCGUCGGCCUACGACAAGAACGUGGACGAGCAGGUGCGCCCGGCCUUCGUGCCGGACGAUGUGAUCGGCGGCGCCGGGAGCCCAGACAAGUACUGGGGCCCUCACCCGACCACCGGCGUCUUCGGCCCCGCCGCGGUCGACCCCAAGCUGGCCGCCGGCCUCGCGCCGGCCAGCGCCGCCAAGGGCGGCCCCUCCGUGCUGGACCAGAAGGUGUGGUUCCGCCCGCUCGAGGACGUCGAGAAGCCCCCCGUCGCCUGAUCGCCGGCGACGACCAGUCGACCAUAGCCCAGCUCGACAUCUCUAUCACUCCGCUUAGCUGGGCUCGACGACCUACCUAAUUAUAGUCUACAGUGGUGUGCUCGUGCUAUAGUAAGUACAGACAAUGGCAGGCACCGGAACCGGUAGUAGUAAUGCGGUGUUGCUGCCCGGAAUAAGAGCGAGCAGAAGAUGUGUGAUGGUGAUGAUGACAGUAAUGUUGUUGGCUGUGAUGUACCCCCGUCUUGAACCAGUACUAUUGCAAGUGUUUGGUA